CUACCACCACCACCGAAGACACCGACAACACUAACAAGUCCAACCUCAAGACAAAUGGCCCGUACUAAGCAAACCGCUCGCAAGUCGACUGGAGGCAAGGCCCCCCGUAAGCAACUCGCUACCAAGGCCGCUCGCAAGACCGCUGCCGCCGCCGCCACUGGUGGUGUCAAGAAGCCUCACCGUUUCCGCCCUGGUACCGUCGCUCUGCGUGAAAUCCGUCGCUACCAGAAGUCUACCGAGCUUUUGAUCAGGAAGCUCCCCUUCCAGCGUCUCGUUCGUGAGAUCGCUCAGGACUUUAAGACCGAUCUCCGCUUCCAAUCUUCGGCUGUUAUGGCCCUUCAGGAGGCCGCUGAGGCUUACCUCGUCUCCCUCUUCGAGGACACCAACUUGGCUGCCAUCCAUGCUAAGCGUGUUACCAUUCAACCCAAGGAUCUCGCUCUUGCCCGUCGCCUCCGUGGCGAGCGCUCUUAAUCGGCUUCACCCACUACAUCUCAUCCAUCUCUUCAUGUGCCUCUUCCUAUGAAUACACGAUCGCGAUAAGCCUAGUCUGUAUUAUGUAUUGAUUUGUCGUCUCACUCAUUCUCGUCCUACAUCCUAAUUUUGUCCCCAUGUACGCCGUAGAAAACUGUUUGCUGAAUCACUGCAUACCGGUAUUUUACUCUCAAUGCACAUGAUUUUGCAGGCUU